CAUCUGGUUUGUUAUUUCUCCUGUUCCCCAGGCCCAGCUACGAUGAUCGGGAAGGUUCCCUUGUUCUCCCCUGGCUCCACAGUGAGCUCUGCUGUGCCCAGCUGCGUCGCUCUCUGUCUCACCCUACAGGUUCACAGGCUGGUUUCAGCACAGUUUACGGUAACUGGACCUGACCAUCCAAUCGCUGCUUCCCUAGGUGGGGAGGCCGUCCUACCCUGCCACCUUUCACCCAGGAUGGAUGCUCAGAGCAUGGAGGUGAGAUGGUUCAGAUCCCAGUACUCUGCAGUUGUGCACCUGUACCGCGAUGGGCAGGAUCAGUACGGAGAGCAGAUGCCAGAAUAUCGAGGAAGAACUGAGCUCAUAAGAGACCACAUCACUCAUGGGGGAGUUUCCCUGAGAAUACACAAUAUCCAGCCUUCCGACGACGGGCAGUACAAAUGUUUUUUUCAGUCCAAUAUGUCUUAUGAAGAAGCUUUAUUUGAACUGCAGGUGGCAGGCUUAGGGCAGCUGCCAGCCAUGGCCGUACCUGGGUAUUACCCAGAAGGGAUCAGGUGGUGUCGAUCAUCCGGAUGUCCAGAGCCUGAGGCUCAAUGGAGAGAUCUCCAGGGCAGCUUUUACCAAUCAGCCUCUGAAAACAUAUCCAAGAGGCCGGUGGCGUUCAGACAGAGAUUGCCAUUGUCAACAGAAGAGUCCACCAGAAAGUGUCCUGCUGUAUCAAGAACCCCGACUCAACCAGGAGAGAAAUCAAUGACACUUUCUCUUGCAGAGCUGUUUUUCCCAAAAGUCAGUUCCUGGACAGUGGUUCUGGGGGUGAUCCUGGCUCUCCUGGUGGUUCUCAUUGCUGUGGCCAGUUACUGCUUCUGGAGGCAACACAGAGAGAAAGAUAAACUCCAGGCUGAGCUCAAGUGGAGAAGCGCCCAGAUCUACGCAGUGGACAUGACUCUGGAUCCCAACACGGCUCAUCCCAACCUCAUCCUGUCUGAGGAUCAGAAAACUGUGACAUACGAUGACAGACGACAGGAUCGACCUGACAAUCCUGAGAGAUUUAAUACUUAUCCUAUUGUCCUAGCGGCAAACAGAUUCACAGGCGGGAGGUUUUACUGGGAGGUGGAGGUGGGAGACAAAAUCAGUUGGACUGUGGGGGUUUGUAGGGAAUCUGUGAUCAGGACAGGGAAGGUCAGACUCACUCCUGGGAAUGGAUACUGGACAGUGUGGCUGAGGCAUGGGAAAUAUGAGGCCUGCACCUCCUCUCCCAGGAUCCCCCUUUCCAUAAAUGUCAGGCCCAGCCGGGUGGGGAUUUUCCUGGACUAUGAUGGGGGCGAGGUCUCGUUUUACAAUGUGACUGACAGGUCCCAUCUCUUCACUUUCACUGACACCUUCUCCGGGACACUCUGCCCUUAUUUCAGUCCUGGUGUCAAUGCUGGGGGUACAAACGCGGCUCCCCUGAUAAUCUGCCCUGUCCCAGCUCAGGCCAAAGGGAAUCUCUGUCCCUGAGAGUGACACCCGUGGCAGAGACUGUCCCCUCCCAGUGCUGACCAGCCCCCAGGUCUGUUCUAUGGGGAUGGCACAAAGGGCAUCACCUGCCCCCCGCCUCCCAUCAUGACCUUGGGG